GAGUGGAACCAAUCACGUUUGGAGCGGGGCAGAGAAGUUUGAAGGGGAUUGAAGAGGGCUGGGGCCGUGGCCAAGGGUCCGCACGUCUUUGAGCAGAAGUUAUAGCGCACCUGUGUCCGCAGCGCCUCUGGCCUCUGUGUUUUGCUUGAGCAGCUUCCAGGUUGGGCAUACCAUGUCGAUCGGACCUCUUCUCGUCGCUCUCGCACAGAACGGCGUGCUUCGCCUGGGCUGCGAGUUCGCCUCGGUCUCGCUGAUCGACGAAGGCUUCACACAAACCAUUGUCGCUGAAGCCACGCCCUCGACGUCGCUAUUCGAUUCCACCCACCAUGUACUGGACAGAGGAGAUGGAACAAGCUCGCCCUCGAUUGCCGUCUUCAAUGACCGCACUGCCGAGCACGCCGUCCAGACGCACGACCUUGUCGCCAACACGACGAGACGCGUUGUAAGAGACAUGCGCUCCCUCGGCCCAUACAACCAACUCAGCCAUGUCCUCGGUCCUCCAUACAUGGUCUCCCUCGUAGAAGUCCCCAUCAGGAACGCUUCUGGCCAGCUCCUGGGCACCUAUGCCAUCAUGGACAACAAGACCCGGCCAGACUUCUUUCUCGACGAAACCAUGCAGUCCCUGACAGACAUCACCGCCGCCAUCGCCGACCUUCUGCAACUCACCACUCCCGCCGCACUCGCCGACCUCCUGCAACUUCACACACCUGAUGCGCAUUGCACCACAGGACAGAUCACCCGCACCCUACACUCUUCAGACUCGUCUCUGACUGAGCCGUCGCGCCCUGGAUCUGGGACACCACAGGGCCACCCUCCCCUGACUCCCAAUUCUGAAGUCGACGACUUUGCUUUCCCUGCAACCACUCCGAGCAGCUGCUCCUCUGCCUCUGAUCCAGGUGUGGAAGGAGUCAAGUCGGAUUUUAUAUCCUCCAUCAGCCACGAAUUACGUUCUCCCCUGCAUGGUUGUCUAGCAGCAGUCGAGUUUUUGCAAGAUACUACGCUUGACGAUACACAAGCCGAACUCAUCGGGAUGAUCCAGUCCUGCGCUUCGACUCUCCUUGACACUCUGAACCAUCUUCUUGACUUUUCGAAGGUGAAUGAACAUAAAAGCCCAAAUCUUCGUCUUGGAAAACACCCCAAAACCCACCGCCCAAAGCAUACGCAAAACACCUUUGGUUCGAGCACCGAUGCCUAUCUUUGUACUAUUGUACAAGACGUGAUCGAAGGCGUGCAUUUUGGUCAAUCUUCGCAGCAGGCGGCUUACAUAAAGGCCAAAGCGACGCCUAUUGACAACCUCGCAUUCUCCACUCAUACUGAUCUCAUGCUUGACGACACUGGUGACGAAGGAUCUAUCCUGUCCGUAAAGGCCGCUGGUGCUGUGGCAGUUUACCUCGACAUCCAGAAUCAUGCAGGCUGGUGUACGACGCUUCCUGCCGGUGCAUGGAAACGCUUGGUGAUGAAUCUCUUCGCCAAUGCGCUCAAGUUCACAUCCGAGGGUUUCAUCGAAAUCUCGAUGAAGCUGGUUGAAGAUGAGGUUUCGAAGCAAAGCAUGGUCCAUCUCAUGAUUUAUGACACUGGUUGCGGGAUGGGUGAAGAGUACAUGAGAAAUCACUUGUACCAACCGUUCAUCCAAGAAAAUCAGCUUGUAAGCGGCGUCGGGUUGGGAUUAAGCAUAGUCAAGCAAAUCGUCGAUGACUUGAGUGGCACAAUCAGUGUCGAGAGCAAACCAGGAUUCGGCACCAUGUUUGAUAUCAUGGUGCCGCUUUGUGAGCAAGACGCGCAGUGUUGGGGCAAGAUUCCUUCCGGAGGAGAGAUUUUGGACCCUAAUGCGGUUUUGAAGGAUCUAACUGUCUGCUUGCUCUGGCCCAUGGACUUGCAGCCCCCUCACACGGAUCUAUACUCUCGACGAGUAUCGGUCAUGCAUUCAUACGUACGAUCUAUUGCGGAAGGAUGGUUUGGUAUGAAAGUCGUCACAGCAUCGGCGACUGCCCAGGUCGAAGCAGACAUCUACAUCGCUGAAGCUUUACACUUUUCCGAGGAGGACACCAAAUACUUGAAACGCAGCAGACGUCCUACGAUAUUGGUCGGCCCUUUACCAGCUGCAAAGACACGCAACAACAAUUCCCAAAAUGACACCAUAAGGCUAGCCUAUCCUCUCGGACCAAAGUCGCUCGGCCGCGCAUUGUUCGCUGCUCUUGAGAAUCCCGUCGAUACGGGUCAUCCUCAUGAGGCCAUUGAUCUAGAACCAUUGAGCGCACCCGAAGCGAAGCUUACGCAGGAUUUACAGAGUUUAAAGAUACAGCAACCAGUCACAACAACGACCAGAGCAGAGCAAACUCAAGUCACAGACAUUGCCAAGACAGAACAUGUUCUGCUUGUAGAUGACAACGCGAUCAACCUCAAACUCCUUGCAGCCUACGUCAAAAAGCUCGGCAUAAGCGCGGAGCUAGCAAUAGACGGCAAAGACGCCUUCGACAAAUAUCAAGCCGCAGCACGGCGGAAACCGUUCACCACCAUCCUCAUGGAUAUCUCAAUGCCGAUCAUGAACGGUUUCGAAUCCACACGCGCCAUAAGAGGAUACGAAGCGGCACAAUCUAUCUCAUCACCUGCCAGGAUCAUCGCUUUGACCGGACUCGGCUCAGACGCUUCGAAAUUAGAGGCCGAGUCAAGCGGUAUGGACGAUUUCCGCACGAAACCUGUGGCACUGAAAACACUCAAAAUCUUGUUGAACGCCUGAGAGCGGGACUCUCGGCCUUUUCUUCUCUUUCCCUUUGUCACGCCCUUUUUUUUUAGCGAUUUGUUUUUCCUGAUCUCAUCCAAGCAUCUACAGCAUUUACAGGGCGUUUUUGGAGGGUCGGUCUUCAGGAGCAUAUGGUCAGGUCAAAUAUCCAGGAAGGGCAUUUAUGCAUGCGUGCGCUACACGCAGCCACUUUUUCUAUCAAAGAAGUCAUUGAAAGUACCCACAUUCCAC